AUGAUAUGGGUUUUUGAGGGAUAUUUAUUUGGGGGGGGGGGGGGGGGUAUUGUUGGGGGGGGGUGGGUUGUUAGGUUUUGGGGGUGGGUUGAGUGGGUGGGGUGGGGGUUGGGGGUUUGGGGGUGUUGGUGUUGGGGUGGGGUGUUGGGGUUGGGGUGGGGUGUUUUUUGGUUUUGGGUGUGUGGGUGUGUUUUUUUGUGUGUUUUUGUUUGGGGUGGUUGGGUUGGGUGGGUUUUGUUGUUGGGGUUGGGGUGUGUUGGGGGGGUGGGGGUGUGUUUUGUUGGUGUGGUUUUUAAUAGGGUGGGUGUGUUUGUUGGUUUGGGUUGUGGGGGGUGGGGGGGGGUGGUUUUGUGGUUGGGUGUUUGGGGUGGUGGGGGGGUGGUGGGGUGGGGUGGGGGGUGGGGGGGGUGUGGGGUUGGGGGUUUUUGUUGGUGGGGGGGGUUUGUGUGUGUGGGUGGUGUGGGUGUUGUGGGGUUGUUUGGGUGUGUUGUGGGGUGUGUUUUUUUGUUUGUUUUUUGUUUGGGUGGGUUUGGGGGGGUAAUGGGUGGGGGUUUGUGUGGGUGGUUGGUGUUGGGUUGGGUUGGGGGGUGGGUUUUGUGGGUGGUGUGGUGGGGGGUUUGGUGGGGUGUGUGGGGGGGGGGGGGGGGGGGUUGGGUGGGGUUGUUGUGUUGUGGUGGGGGGUGUGGGGGGGGUGUUUGGGGGUGUGGGUGGGGGGGGGGGUGGGUGGGGGGUGGGUGGUGUGGGGGGGGGUGGGUGGGGGGGUGGGGGGGGGGGUUGUGUGGGGAGGUGGGUGGGUGGGGUGUGUGGGGGGGGUUGGGGUGGGGGGGGGGGUGGGGGGGUUUGGUGUGGGUGGUGGGGGUUGGGUGGGGUUGGGUGUUUGGUGUGUUGGUAUUUUUUUGGGGGUGGUUUGGUUUUGGUGGUUUGUUGUGGUUGUUUUAG